AUGGCCCCGGAGGCGCUGCGCGACGACACCAACGGGCUCGUCACCGUGGAGCGAUAUCGACGUCGAGGGAAGACGCGGACGGAAGAGGAAUCGACGGUGAGGGGGACGAAGACGACGACGACGACGACGACGACGACGACGACGAUAGAGGCGACCGCGCGGGACGGAGGAGCGGUGAAGACGAACGCGGAGGGACGCGACGGUGGGUCCGCGGCGGCGGCGACGCGGGCGGCGACGGAGCGGGCGAGGACGUUCGUGUUCAAGUCGAGGAAUAAGUUGACGCGGUGCGCGCGGGCGGAGCGGGAGCAUCGAGCGCGGUUGGCGAAGCUCGCGGAGUCGAGGGCGUUCUUUGAUGACGUCGAUGAGGUGUCGUUGGCGGAGGAGAGCGAGGGAUCGACGCCGAACGGAAGGGGUGGGGCGCUCGGCAAUCGCCUGGAGCUGAGCCCGAGCGGGUUGAUCGAAGCCUUGCAGGGAUUGGGAUUGGUGAACGACGCGUCCGGGCUCAGGGCGAAGAUGGCGGCGACGACGCGACGAGACUCGAUGAUUCAGUCGCCUCGAGCGCAGAUGCUCCCGAUAGGACGCGCGGACGCGUUCGAUCGAACGUCUGAUUGGGUGUCGUCGCUCCCGGCGUUUUCGCCGAUGAAGGAGCGCGUCGAGUCGACGACGUUGUCCUCGCCCGAAGAGAAUGAGUCCAUCAUCGCCACCGACGAUGAGGUUGAUAGCUUACAGGGCGACUUCGAAAGACUCGUUAUCGACGACGAGUGCUCGCCGUUGGCUGCGCUCUUGCGCGCAUGCGGCCAGUCAGAGGGAGACGUUAGCUCGAUGGCGUCCUUAGUGCGGACCCACGUCAAGCGCGGGGUGAAAAAAAUCGGCGAAGGAACGUACGGUGAGGCUUACAGGGGUGAGGACGGCGUGGUGAUGAAAAUCGUGCCCAUGGGCGGCGAGGCAUUGGUGAACGGAGAGGUGCAGAUGGGGCCGAACGAGAUCCGUUCUGAAACCUCCAUCUUAAAGGCGCUCACGAAACUCCGCGAGCACGUCAAGGACGAGAUCGAGAAGAACUUUACCGACGGAUUUAUUCGACUCAUCGACGCGUCGGUGUGCCGAGGACCGUACUCGAAAAAGUUACUUGAGGCGUGGGACAAGUACGCGGUGACUGGCGAGACGGAGAACGAAACGCCCGGCAACCUCCCAUCAAAUCAGCUCUACAUUUCGUUCGCCUGCGAAGACGGCGGAAUCGAUCUUGAGCACUUCAAUCUUCGAUCGGCCAAGGAGAUGGUUGCGCUGCUCUUCCAAAUCGUCGUCGCUCUGUCCGUCGCUGAGGAGGAGUGCCAAUUUGAGCACCGCGACUUGCACUGGGGUAACGUUCUCAUUAAACGCGUUCGCACUAAAGAAAAGGUCGCGCGGAUCAACGGCGUCGAUAUCAACAUUCAGACCUCAGGUUUAGACGUCGCCAUUAUCGAUUUCACGCUCUCUCGACUCACCACGGGUGAGGGAGACGUCUUCUGUGACUUGAACGCGGAUCCUGAGCUCUUCACGGGGCCGAAGGGACACUGCCAAUCGGAGACGUAUCGUCGCAUGAAGCGGGUGACCAAGGGCAAGUGGAGCACGUACAACCCAAAAACGAACGCGCUCUGGAUACACUACCUCACCGACGUGAUUUUGGAGCAAAAGGACUUCCCCAUCAGCGUUGAGGAAAAGCACGAACUCGUCGCGUUCCGAAAGCGAGCGCUCGAGUACGAAUCAGCAGGCAAGGCGUUGUUCGACGACCUUUUCAAGGGAAUCUGGACUUCUGGAAAGAAGAAACAAUGA